AUGCCUUUAAUCGCAGGGAAAGUCCUGGCGACCGUCCUGGCGACCGUCCUGGCGACCGUCCUGGCGACCGUCCUGGCGACCGUCCUGGCGACCGUCCUGGCGACCGUCCUGGCGACCGUCCUGGCGACCGUCCUGGCAACCGUCCUGGCAACCGUCCUGGCAACCGUCCUGGCAACCGUCCUGGCAACCGUCCUGGCAACCGUCCUGGCAACCGUCCUGGCAACCGUCCUGGCAACCGUCCUGGCAACCGUCCUGGCAACCGUCCUGGCAACCGUCCUGGCAACCGUCCUGGCAACCGUCCUGGCAACCGUCCUGGCAACCGUCCUGGCAACCGUCCUGGCAACCGUCCUGGCAACCGUCCUGGCAACCGUCCUGGCAACCGUCCUGGCAACCGUCCUGGCAACCGUCCUGGCAACCGUCCUGGCAACCGUCCUAGCAACCGUCCUAGCAACCCAACCGUCCUAG